AUGGCUCCCCCUCCUAUUACUGAACAACAACGAAAACUAAAGAAGUUAUUAUUGGUUCAACAAACAACAAACAAUAUCUUGAUCUUUUUAUUUGCUCAAUCUUAUGUAAUCAUGUGUUCCUACAUUCGAGAAAGGAUUCGUGAUAUUAAAACAAAAGAAGAAAAAAUAAUCUCUCGAACUAUAUGGAUGGCUAGAUUGACAAUAGAGUGUGAUGCGGCAUGCAUUAGUGAACUUCGAAUGGAUAGGGCAACCUUUAUAGUAUUGUGUGAUAUGGUAAGAGAUAUUGGAGAAACUGUGAGUCGACAAUUCCAUUCAGUUCUUCAUGCAAUUUUGAAAUUACAUCCAAUUUUAUUGAAGAAGCCAGAACCUAUCUCUCAGGAUUGUCGCGAUGAGAGAUGGAAAUGUUUUCAGGGUUGUUUAGGAGCAUUAGAUGGAACGUUAAUUAAAGUUACACCACCUAAUGAGAAUAAAUCUCGGUAUCGCACGAGAAAAGGUUGUAUUUCAACAAACGUAUUAGGCGUGUGUUGCCCAAAAAUGCAAUUUAUAUAUGUAUUGCCUGGGUGGGAGGGUUCAGCACAUGAUGGUCGCGUACUUCGCGAUGCAAUUUCAAGACCUAAUGGUUUAAGAGUCCCUCUAGGUUGUUAUUACUUGACUGACUCUGGAUAUUGCAAUGCAAAAGGAUUUCUUGUUCCCUAUCGAGGACAACGAUAUCAUCUGAAAGAAUUUGAUGGACAUCGACCAGAGACCCCAGAGGAAUACUUCAACAUGAAGCAUUCCAAAGCUAGAAAUGUUAUAGAAAGAUGUUUUGGGUUGUUAAAAGGAAGAUGGAAGAUUCUUGCAUCCCCUUCAUUCUUUACCAUUCAAAUCCAAGUUCGCAUCAUAAUGGCAUGUUGUCUUUUGCAUAACUUGAUUCGCAAAUAUAUGAGUGUCGAUCCACAAGAGUCAAUUAUUGAAGAAGAAGAAGAGAACAAUGAUGAGGAAAGUGAUGAUGACGAAGAAGUAGAACAUAUCACACAAAUUAAUCCAAGUAAUGAGUGGCUAGAAUUUAGAAAUAAUAUGGCUACUAAUAUGAUGUCUACAUCUACACCUGUUUAUCGUGGACGUGGAAAAAACAAACAAUUUUGGACUGAGGAUGAGGUUGAUGCUUUGAUUGAUGCCCUCCAAGAGUUAGCUUGUGAUCCAUUAUGGAAAGUAGACUCUGGAUUUAAGAACAAUUACAUGGGUCAACUACGUAAGAUGAUAAUGCGUAAGAUUCCUGAUUUCAAUAAAGAAGCUACUCCUCACAUUGAAUCAAAGAUAAAAAAUCUUAAAGGCAAGUACAAUCCCAUUGCGGAGAUGUGUAUGCAAAGUGGUUGUCAGUGGGAUGAGGAAGGUGCAGUACUAUUCAUUGGUCUCAAUUAG